GAUGUUUUUUUCUGAGUGUAACCUACGAAAAUCAUCAUAUAAGGUGGUGGUUUGAUUUUUUUGAAAUCAAGGUUUAAUAAUAUUUAAUAUAUUGUAUCAAGCAAGCUUAGGAGUUAUAUAAUUGUCCAUAGCAAUGACAACUCGGAUACUACGUAUUCCUAGUUUGAAUACGGCUAGCAAUUUCAAUUUCUUUUUCCAAAAUACGAAGAAGAAUAUAUUAAUAAAACAAAGCUUUAUAGGAAAUCAAUUCCUUGUUUUAGGAAAUAGAAAUAAUAAACGAGUAAUAUCAUCAAUUUCUAAAUCAGAACAUGCUCCAAAGUCAUUCAUACUAGAAAAUGUUGCCAGUAAAGUAUUAAAUUGUCAAGAACCAGAAGCAAAACUGUCUCAAAAACUUGGUGGUGAUGAUAAAGCGGUGCACGACAGUGUUCCAUUCAAAGUAAUACCUAAAUUACCCAGAAAUAGUACUACACCCAUCGGAGGUAAUUCUGAUGUUGCUACUGUUGCUACUAUUCCUGUGUUUGAUAUUCAAUCUCUUCCCAAAACAAAAUCAGAAUUAUUUAAAUUACUCAAUCCAUAUCUUAAAUUAACCAAACCAAAUUUAACUGUUCUUGUCACUUUAAGUGCUAUUUGUUCAUAUGCCAUUUCACCAUUAUCAGUGUCACUUCAUGAAUUAAUGUUUUUAACUAUGGGUACCGCUUUAUGUUCCGGAGCAGCAAACGCUAUCAAUAUGGGUCGUGAACCAGAAUUUGAUAGGAAAAUGCCUAGAACCGUGGGAAGACCAGUAGUAAGAGGUUUAAUUACACCUGUUCAAGCAUAUAAAUUUUCAGCUACAGCUGGUGGUAUUGGUUGUAUAAUGUUAUGGUUUGGUGUUAAUCCAAUUGUAUCCGGAUUAGGAUUUUUAAAUAUUAUUUUAUAUGCAUGGAUUUAUACAUCACUUAAACGAGUAUCAAUUAUUAAUACUUGGGUAGGUGCCAUUGUUGGAGCCAUACCACCCUUGAUGGGUUGGGCUGCAUCAUCAUCCUUAUUACAUCCUGGUGCUUGGUGUUUGGCAGGGUUAUUAUAUGCUUGGCAAUUUCCUCAUUUUAAUGCAUUAUCUCAUAAUAUUGCUGAACAAUAUAAACAAGCUGGUUAUGUUAUGACAGCAGCAGAAAAUCCAAGAUUAAAUGCUAGAGUUGCUUUAAGAUAUUCUAUAUUAAUGUUCCCACUUUGUAUUGGAUUAAGUUAUUAUGGUAUUACCGAUUGGGUAUUCCCAUUUGAUUCUGCCAUUGCAAAUGGUUGGUUAACAUAUUUAGCCUAUCAAUUUUGGAGUCAACAAGAAAAGAAUUAUAAAAAUGCUAAACCAACUGCUGAAGGGUUAGCUAUAGCUGGAGUUCAUGCUAAAAAACUUUUCUGGUGUUCAGUUUGGCAUUUACCGGCAGUAUUAAUCUUAGCCAUGCUUCAUAAAAAGGAACAAUGGGAAAGAUUAUUCAUUUAUUUAGGAUUAAAAGAACCUAAAGAAAAUUCACGAUUAGUUAAUUAGUUCAUAAAAAAAAUAUUCUUGUAUAUACUUAACGAAUUAUCAUAUUUUAUUUAACUUUUUGCACAAUUUUAUGUAAAACACAUGACUUUUUUGUCAACUUUUAAGAACCUAUUAAUUGAUUAAUUCAUUCAUUAAAGACAGUAUUUCAUGAUUAAGAAAUGAUUGAUCAUUAGUUAUUAGUUAUCGUUUCAGACUGUAAGUGAAUUGAUAUUAUACCAACCAUUAAAAUUUUGCAACUAAUAAAAAUUUCAAAUAGUGUGCAUAUAACAC